UUGUAGUUUGUUCACUUCAGCCGCCUGCAAGUUAAACCGCCGUUCCUCUCGGAUACAGUUCCUCCACUUCGGAGUCAAACCUCUUUACCUCUUUCUCUUUCGAGAGGUUUAUUUUUAUUGUGAAGAAGCUCGACGAGGAUUUAAAAAAAAUAUAUAGAAGAAGGCAGUAGUCAAAGAAGGAGGAGAAUAAAAAGUGACAAACCUGGAGGAGGAACAGGGCGUUCAUACUUCGAAGUAACCAUGGAAGUUCCUGGUAUGCAGAGUACUCAGCUCGAUCCAGAGGAGCUGUUCACUAAAUUGGAUCGCAUUGGAAAAGGAUCUUUCGGAGAGGUCUUCAAAGGAAUCGAUAAUCGCACUCAGAGCGUCGUCGCCAUCAAAACGAUCGAUCUGGAGGAGGCCGAGGAUGAAAUCGAGGACAUCCAGCAGGAGAUCACAGUGCUCAGUCAGUGCGACAGUCCGUACAUCACCAAGUACUACGGCUCCUACCUGAAGGGAAGUAAAUUGUGGAUCAUCAUGGAGUAUCUUGGAGGGGGCUCAGCACUCGACUUGCUGCGGGCGGGUCCGUUUGAUGAGUUUCAGAUUGCCACCAUGCUGAAGGAGAUCCUGAAAGGGCUCGACUACCUGCACUCUGAGAAGAAGAUCCACAGAGACAUCAAAGCUGCCAACGUCCUGCUGUCAGAGCAGGGUCAGGUGAAGCUGGCGGACUUCGGAGUGGCAGGUCAGCUGACAGACACGCAGAUCAAGAGGGAAACCUUUGUGGGAACGCCGUUCUGGAUGGCUCCUGAGGUCAUCCAGCAGUCUGCCUACGACUCCAAGGCGGAUAUUUGGUCGCUGGGCAUCACGGCCAUCGAGCUCGCCAAGGGGGAACCGCCGAACUCCGACAUGCAUCCAAUGCGAGUGCUCUUCCACAUCCCCAAAUCUCCUCCUCCAACACUGACUGGUGAUUUCUCCAAAAGCUUCAAAGAGUUCACAGAGGCUUGCCUCAACAAGGACCCUUCUUUUCGUCCCACAGCCAAGGAGCUGCUCAAACACAAGUUCAUCGUCAAACACUGCAAGAAGACGUCCUAUCUCAGCGAGCUGAUUGACAGGUACAGGAGGUGGAAGGAGGAGGACCACAGUGACAACAGUUCAGAUGACUCUGACAGUGAAUCCAGUAAUAAGGAAAACAACGAGUCUCCAGAGUGGUCCUUCACCACCGUCCGUAAGAAGAAGCAGGACAAGUCAGAUAGCAGGACCAUCCUCAAUGGAAAUGAUCAGAUAAGUAAAUCUGCCAGUCUCACCACAGUCAUCUCCCCCGUCUUCACGGAGUUGAAGCAACAGCACAAGGAGCACUCUGAGCAGCGGCUGGCCAUCGAGGAGCUGGAACGCAACAUUCGAAUAGCUGAAGAUAUCUGUCCAGGCAUCACGGACAAGAUGGUCACGCAUAUCAUUGCCAGAUACACAACAAAUUGAAAGACGGACGGAUCGACCCAGAAAAAGAAAAAACAUGAAGAGAGAGAGAGAGAGACUGUGUUUCCUUUAUGGUGACGCUGCUGGAUGAUGAAAACGAGGCAGAUUUGCUGUGCAAUAUCUGCUCGCUGUACAUACACAUCUCAACACACACUCACACGCAUGCACGCACACACACUACCAAUGUAAUAUAUACACUAUAUUAUACAUAUACAUAUAUAUUCCCUGCUGCUGGUUGAAAACCUUUUAUCUCCCUAUGGUUAAUUUAAAAAAACAAAACAAAAAAUCCACAACAAUAACAAAAAUAAAAUCUGAUGUAUAGCUUUUAUUUCCCUUUAUAGGAUCCUGUACUUCGGUUUUUUGUUUUUGUUUUGUAUUCUUCUUGAGUUUAAUGUUUGAGGAUAAUUAAGAGACAUAUCUUAGGUCUUUAAAUACUUAAGUCAUGUUUCUGAUCUGCCUUGAUUACCAUAAUGUGCCUUAGUUCUUUUUGUUAUCAGUCAUUUUCUACAUUUUCUGCUGUCACUUGUUUUCUUAAGAGGUCUUUGUGGAAAUGGCUCACGAAGGAAAUGUAAUACCAAAGAAGGUUCUCGUCCAUCAGCAGUGGUAUGUUUUUGUGUCAUGAGUUGCCUGGAGUCUGUAGAUGUCUUUAUUCUUGUUUAGUAGCACUUGAGACAGAUGAUAUGCCAAUAUUACAUUCGUUUUUUGUUUUUGUUUUUCAGUAAUGUCUUUCAAUUACAGUUCCCUGAUCCCAGAAUUCAUUCAAGGUGGUUUCCGUUAAAGCAGUGUAGAUCCUUCAGUUUUACUGUUUUGUACAGCGACUUUCUUGAAUAUUCAAGGUGAAAAACCUCCUACUCUAAAAUGGUACAAAUGUGGGGAAUUUAUGGAACUUUUUAAUGUCCAAAUGUUCCUAAACUUUUAAAUUCCCCCAUCAAGUUUAACAGCUUAUCUCCAGUUUUGAGAGCUACCAGUCUCUGGCUAGCUUGGCUAGGUAGCUAGUUGCUUGUUAACUGGUAGGCUAGCUAUUAUUGUAGCUACCCAAAGUUGUUGGCAAGAUGUGAGUAGUUAAAAUGCUGAAAAUGGCUGCCAUGUGAGUAAGGCUGGUUUAGUUACUUUUAGUAACAAAGCCACUGGCAGCACACUACGAGAGUCUUGCUAGCUAAAUAGUUAGUAGCUUGCUAAACAGUAAGCUAGAUAGCUGUUGUUGUUACUGCCCUUCUCUAAUUAGCAGCAGUUAAGGCUUUAAUCACACAGGCUUAGAGACCAAUCGGUGACCUAGUAGAGGGGGGAAAAAAAUGUGUAGUCCCUGAUCGAUUGGCAAGUGGUUGCUGGAGUGUUCUUGCACUUGUUAGGUUCAAUGCAAACCUCCUACCAAUUGCUUUGGUUGCUAGCAGAUUGCCACAGUUGUUUGUAGUUUGUAUGGAAGAUGCAAAAAUUGUCUACACUGAUCAACUACACCAAGUGGUAAUGAAACCUUGAAAAAUGUGGUGCCAACUGGAAAUGAAGAACGUUCCUUUGUAAGUUUUGCCUUACCACUGAAACCAAUACAUUUCAUAAGGCACAUGUCCUCUGUUUCCAUUACAAUUUUUUCCAGUUUCACUACCACUGGGUGUUUGGUUAGUGUUUGCAGAUAAGUCGCCAUCUUCCAUGCAGACUGCUGGCAACCAUGGCAAGCUGCAAGUGACCGAAGCAAUCACGAGUCUUUCAGUGCAACGCACUCAAUGCAAACACUUUUAUCACUUGCCAACUGAUUAGGAGGAUACGCCUUCAUUUUUAGCAACUGGAGGUUACCAUGCAGUCACUGACCGGUCUUUUUGACUGAGGUACAGGACGUUAAAAUGAUAAAAAUGGCUGCCAUUUGGUGAGUGUAACUAUGUUUGAUAACCCACACCCAGUGAGAUUGAAGGAAUCUUUUUUUUUUUCUUUUUUUUUAAAGAAUACACGUUGACAUGUAGUUAAGACACAAAGGUCUUCCAGUGGCUGCUUCAUUAUAUGUAACAUUUUGGAAAACUUGGUAAAUUUCAGAUUGUGUCAGAAAGUUUUACGAUGUCUUCCUUAAUAGACAACAUUGGAAAGUAGCGCAGGUUUUUUCAAGGAUAUGAAGGGACCUGCAGUUGAAGGUGUUACUGAUAGUUUGUACCAAAGACACUAUAAAAUUCAGUCGCUGUAUAUUUUUUUGUUUUUUUUAUAUACAUCACAAGGGAUACAAUGCUUGUUGAGGGGUAGAUGUAAAGUGAAAGAUGUAAGAUUUUACAGCAAUGUACUCAUUUUUUGUAGCGGGAC